UAAAAAUCAAAACUUUAAAAUAUCUCAAACCAAAAGAUUGAAAAUUUUCCAUGGAAACGCAAAUAUCUCAUUGACGAAUUACAAGGGGAAAAAAAAAGAUGUCAGCUUUGGCACCAAACCCUCAAAUUCUAACGAGACAAUUUCAAAGUAGAAGAGGGAAACAGCAACGAUUCAUGAGGAGACAGAUCAGUAGUUUCUUGAGAGAGAAUAAUUCUGGGAUCUGCAGUCCCAGUUCUUGUUCUUGUUUUAGGGUUCAUGAGGAAGUGAAGAUUCGGAAGAGGGAUUGGAGAGUAGAAGCCUUUUGGUCGAACUUGUCGAGGCCAAGUACGGUGGAGAUGGAACCCAUAAACGACGUUGAUGAGCUCGACCAUGUUCUCUCUCACCCGCAACCUGUCAUCAUUGAAUGGAUGGCUUCAUGGUGCCGGAAAUGCAUUUAUUUGAAGCCUAAGUUGGAGAAAUUGGCCGCGGAAUAUGAUACCAAAAACGAAAAAUGCAGAAUAAAGUUUUUCUACGUGGACGUGAACAAGGUCCCUCAAACUCUGGUGAAGCGUGGAAACAUCUCGAAAAUGCCGACAAUUCAGUUGUGGAAGGAAGGAGAGAUGAAAGAGGAGGUGAUAGGAGGCCACAAAGGAUGGCUUGUCAUCGAGGAAGUCCGGCUCAUGAUCUGCAAAUAUCUCUAAUCUCUCCCUUUACAUUUCCAUCAGAAGUCGCUUUGGCCGAGUGGUUAAGGCGUGUGCCUGCUAAGUACAUGGGGUUUCCCCGCGAGAGUUCGAAUCUCUCAGGCGACGUUUCUAUUUUUGCUUUUUUGUAUAAAAGCACACGCGGGUUUAAAGUUCAUGGAAAUGCAUAAUAGCUGAAGGGACUGAAACCA